AUGACCACUCCUUCAGAUUCUUCAAACCAACACACAAAUCCCAUCACCACCAUUAAUACCCAUGAAGACUCAACCUCUGCUAAGCAAUCACAACACCAUGUUGUUCCUUUUGAUGCGGAGAAUCCCUAUUAUCUACAUUCUUCUGAUGGUACAGGCGCCACUCUCGUUGGAAACAUUCUUACCGGCAUUGAAAACUACAAUCCAUGGGCUCGGGCAAUCACGAUGGCAUUGAAAGGCCGCAAUAAAUUCUGUUUUGUUGAUGGCUCCCUUCCCAUGCCAGACUCUACCCAUCCCGAUCAUGCUCGUUGGCACCGCGUAAACAAUAUGGUGAUGUCUUGGCUCCUUAAUUCUAUACAUCCAUCCCUUUCACACACAGUUUUAUAUGCCCCAGAUGCUGCCUCAGUUUGGACAGAUUUAAAAGAUCGUUUCUUUACAUCAAAUGGACCUCGUAUCUAUGAUAUUGAGAAACGCAUUGCAACUUGUUACCAAAAAGAUGCGUCCAUUGCAGAUUACCACAAUCAGUUGAGUGCCCUGUGGAAUGAAUUAAAUCUGUUAGAUCCUCCUCCUAAAUGUUCAUGCUCUGCUCGACAUGACUACAUUGCACAAAUUGAACGCCGCCGGUUGAUGCAGUUUCUCAUGGGACUUCGAGAAACUUUUGCUCAACCACGGAGUCAAUUGCUGCUCAACAACACUCUUCCCACUGUGAAAAAUGCAUACAACUUACUGCUACAGGAUGAAUCCCAACGUAUACAAAGUGGUAAUGGUGGACAUUCUACAGAACAUUCUGCUCUUCAAGCUACAAACACACAACAUCCACAAUUUGUUGCUGCUGCCAACCUAUCAUCUGCGAGCAAUAUCCAUACAUCUGCUUCCACUUCUCGUUCUAACAACAAUCGAUCUCGGACAAAGUGUGCACACUGUGGGAUCCCUGGCCAUACACAACAAUCUUGUUACAAGCUGCAUGGAUAUCCCCCUGGACACAAAUUUUACAAAAAAGGUAAUACAAAUAGCCAACCUAUGGGGACACCAUCAACUUCGUCAGAGAUCUCUUCCGAUUCCAUUCAGCAAUUACUUCGACUUUUACGAGAGGUAAAAGAGCCUAAAGCAAACCUUGUUGGACCUUUCAACGAAGACGGAGAUUGGUCGGGGCCAUGAACGCAAUGGUUUAUACUUUUUUAGUUCUCCACCACACCCCGCUGCAUUACUCACCAUUACACCUAAUACAUGGCAUGCUAGAUUUGGUCA